ACAUCUACUCUUAACUUUUAGAUGAAGCUUUUUCAUAUUGUAUUCUGGUGAAGGCCUCUGUCUGGUGGGAGUCUUUCAUGGCAAAUCACUGUCUGCUCAGGUGACAGCGAUGGCUAAAAUAGUAUCACCUCUUGUUGUCUAAAGUUACAUCAGACAAGUCCAAUACUUCCUCCCACUCCCCAGUUCAGUUGGUCACCUAUUGUCUGCAACAAAAGAACUUGACACUUUGAAUUGGAGUCUGUGAUGGAUCGCUUUUGAGGUCAGAAGCCUUUACCGGUAUACUGAUUUCAUCCCAGCCCAGCCAAGCUUCCAGCCUUGAAUAGAUGGUUCUCACUUGUGUGUGAAGACUAAAGCAUUAUUAGGCGGGGAGUCACUGAUUCAUGUGAGAGACAUGCUUUUGAUGACUGUUUGUUUCUAAAUUGAUUAGAUGACUUUUUGGGGAGCUUGUUUUACAUGUGAUGUGGCUGUUAACUGUACAUUUUAUUUCCCAUUGUCCUAAUCCAUCAUGUUGAUGAACAAAAAAAGUUUUUUUCUCUUUUAAUUAGCUGCAUCCAUGUGAAAGGACAUUUUCAAAGAAAGUAACAUGGGCUUCACUUGCCUCAUCAAGUCAUUGUAAGUAGAAAUAUAUUAUGUAACAUGAAUAUAACUUAUCCUGGUGCAGUAUUCUAAGACUCAUACAAAGGGGCCUCUAUAUUUCCUGGGUUUCUUACAUUAUCGCCUAUCCUUUGCAUCAUGAGGGACGUCUCUCCCACAGAGGGAAAACAAUGAUUAUCAGAUUCUUUUUAAUUCUAAGUUAGGACGUUAGAAUGCUGUUUAAAUGAAACCUGAGAUCCUUUUUCAUUUUGCCUCUGUCAGGGAAUCAUCUGAACACGUAACGAUUUCCUUGAAACAUAAAUUAGUUCACGGUUAAUGGAGGAAAAAAAACACCAGUUUUUUUUUCAAUAAGCCUAUUUAAAGCAGCUCAGAACUGACUUUUGUCGCUCUAUAUAUGCCUGCCCAACCGCCUUGCAGUAAAAGGGGUCAAGUGCUCAGUCAAAAUACACAGUGUAUAAUUUUAUAGCUUUUUCCCAAAGGGGCUCCUGGUGCCGGUGUGGAGACGACAGUGCGGGAGCUGCGGAGCCGCGCAGCUCACACAGAUCAGUUUCAGUCUUUGUCAGUUGUGAAUAGGGGCGGAGGAAGCAAACUCAUUAGAAUCCUAUAAAAAGAAUGCAUCCGAGAUCAUAAAACAGCCGGCAGGAAGACUGGGUGCUCACUCACAACCAGACAGAGACACAGUGGAGACCUUUUUUUUUUUUUUUUUUUUUAAAUCUGGCCCAAAAGAGCAUCAACACCUCAACAACUCCACUUCUUCACUGUUUCCCUUUCUACACUGGAGUUCUCUGUGGUUUAUUUUCAACCAGAACUCUUUCGAUGACAGAUAUUCUUUUGAACAUCAGACUUUUAGUAGCGCAAACUUGGAGUCAUCACUUCUGUCUUUGACGCCGUGUGGCCGCCGUGGCGCAUGGACAGUGCCGGGACGCGCGCCUCUCCUUGAGAAACUUUAUUUUUUUUGGGUGACUCAAAGUUUAAAGUUGUUAAAAGGGUUUUGCAUUUAUUUUCUUUUUUUUUAAUCUUUUUUUUUGUGUUUUCGUAACUUUUGAAUUAUUUCGAGGAUGCUCGUGCCUGCGUGGAAUAGAUGUUGCGUGGUGAUGUUUCUGGUGGCGUCUCUGAGGAGCGGCGCGUCCCAGGUAUCAGAGGCGCGUCCGAAGGCGAACUCCAUCAAGCCCGGGCUCAUGGAAGAGACCCCGACACCGGCUACUAACCGCUCCGCUGCUGUCACCAAGAAGCACAACACCCUUCCGCAGCAGGUGUAUCCAUGCAGCACUGACAAGGAGUGCAGCGUCGGCAGCUACUGCCACAGCCCUCAGCAGUCUCCCUCUCGAUGCGUGUCUUGCCGCAGGAGGAAGAAGCGUUGCCACAGAGAUGCCAUGUGCUGCCCUGGGAAUCGGUGCAGUAACUAUAUCUGUAUCCCGAUGUCUGAGAGCGUGCUCUCACCUCACAUCUCAGCAUUAGAUGAACACAACAAACUCUCCAACAAAGAACACGGCUGGAAGAAGAGCGGCAAGGGACAAACUAAGCACUCUCUAAAACAGGGUGAACCUUGCUUGCGCUCAUCUGAUUGCGCUGAGGGCUUCUGCUGCGCCCGUCAUUUCUGGAGCAAAAUCUGCAAACCGGUGCUGAGGCAAGGAGAGGUGUGCACCAAACAGAGGAAGAAAGGCUCUCACGGCCUGGAAAUCUUCCAACGUUGUGACUGUGCCAAAGGCCUCUCCUGCAAGGUGUGGAAAGAUGCCACCUCCUCGUCCAAGUCCAGGCUCCACAUGUGCCAGAAGAUCUGAAACUAAAGCAGCUGCUGUCUCCAUCUGCCAGGGAAAGAUUUUUUUUUCCUUUUUUUGUGUAAAGAAUGGGUUGUGGCUGUAUUGAGAAAAAAAAAGCAAAAGCAAAAGACAUAACCUAACAAGAGACAGAACAGAUUGUAUGGGUUUAAGCUUGCUUCAUAUGGCAAGUGGGGAGCAAAUGGGAAUGCUUUAAUGUGUUUUCUGUGAUUGAUCCAUAUCUUCACUCACACCCGAGGAUGCAUCCUCACAAACACUCAUAACUUUGAAAGAGCAAUGAUGAACCAAAGCUGUGCUUGUCAAAGAAAAGAACAGGAACACAUACUCACACAUGAUGACAUUCAGGGAGCCACACGAAUAGCCAGUAGAUGCUGUAGUAGGCAUGGACUUUGUUUAAAGGCAACAAAGUAGAGAAAAGUGUGCACUCUUUAACAAACUUUGUGGUCCUUUACCCUUAACACUUAACACACAAUAACCUUAACCGUUGACAUUUAAUAUUCUGUGUUCAAAUUCCCAUGUUUCAUGAUGUUAAUUCGUAAAAAAAUCAGCUAUUCCUAUACAAAACCCAGUAACCAGUGUGCAUACACUUCAACUUAUAUAAAAGAGCUACUCCCAUACACUGUUAAUGUAUUUACAUGUAACGUCUAUACUCGUUAAACCAAAGACUGGAAGGACAUUUACGUUUCUUCAGGUACCGCGGUUCAUUGAUUCGUUUUUAGCCACAUAACAAAUCAAAAGAGAUAAAGUAACACACUUAUUUUGGAAAGCUUGUUUGAUGUGUCACUUGAUGCGAUGCAACUUUGGGUGAAAGCAGUUCGCAGUGAGGUAGAGCUCUGCUGCAGACUCGCUGGUACCAAUACCAGACGGAGAAUGGUUCUGCUUUUCCAAUCACAUGAACUGGAUUCAAGGAUAAAAAGGAGCUGCAGUUCCUUUCCGUUCACAAAGCCAGAGGGACUCAAGACCUGGGAAGAUUGAUGACAAAAAAGCUCCCAAAAAUUGAUGUUUUUGAGGAGGAUUCGCAGUUUGACUGCGUUUUGUUUAUUGUUCUGUUUUUCAUCUGAAACUCCACUUUUUGUCUUGAAAUAUUGUGCAGUUUCAUUUUAUUUUGGAUGUGAAUGCUUUGUUUUUCUUUUAACAGUGGCAGUCCUUCAUACAUCUACUCAUAAUAUCACAUUUGCCUCGUUUUGCUUUAAUAUGUUUUUUUUUAAGGCAUCAAGUACAUAUAUUUUGUAACCGUUUGAAGUAUCAAUAAGCUCUUAUAUUGUAAAUAGACUGGAAGCUACAUAUUUAAGAAUCAUUGUAUAUCAUGUACAUAUGAUGACAUAUAAAUCCUUAACGGUACAGCAAAUUGUUUUAAGUGAGACGAGUGAUGUUGGAGGAAAUAAGCACAGCUGAAUAGAUGUGUGUUGAUUUGGGGGAAAACAUAGAUAGCUUUGGCAAAAUUUCACAGACUGGAAGAGUUGAAAGGGUAGCUCGGAACGAAAAACUACAUUUCUGGAAUAUUUUGUGUGAAUGGUGUGUAAAUGGUGUGAAGAUGUAUAUCCCAUUAAUAUUGUUUGUGUGAAUACUUUGGAUUGAUUUUGUUUUGCGUAUUUACAAUGAUCGAUGAAUAAAAACGAAUGUAUUUUGUAUUAGUGGUCACACAGGAUUUGUUAUUGCAUUUAGAGUUGGCCAUUUCUUUAAAUUAAAAACAUGCUGGAAAAGGAAGUUAAAUGGAUUUGAUGUCAAACAUGCAGAUCGAAUUAUCAAUGGAAAAAAAAAUGAUGCGGGUUAUACCAAGUACCCCCAUGGCUCAAUAUCUCGCUCACCAUUGGCAACAACAAACUGAAGUAGUUGUUUCCUGUAUGAUAAAUCAUUACCACUCUAGCACCAUUGUUGACAGUGUGUAUGAAGUGUGUCUGCUGAAAUGCUGUGUUUGGUUUUCACCAAAUGUGGCGCUGGGCAUUCUAGCAAAACAACUCCACAUUGGUCUCAUCAGUCCACUGGACUUUAUUUUAGCAGUUCCACGUGUGAAUAAUCUUUCUCACUGCCGAAUGUUGAUCUUCCAAAUGUUCAGACAUAGUUUUUUUUUAUUUAUAUAGCAUAUUUAAAAACAAACAUAACUGACCAAAGUGCUUUACAGAUAAAAUAAUAUAACAAUAAAAAAAUACAAGUAGUUUUGUUUGUCUUUUUCACAUUCAUGGGCACCAACAGUUGUUUCUUUGAACCAGUGCUUAUGACCAAAGUUUCUACUUUAUAGCUGUCUGGAAACCUGUUGAUGAUCAGUACAUUAAUAGCUGAUGAAAUGACUGGUUGCAACUUGCACUAUAAAAUCCUAAGGAAGUAGAAAGGGGAGUGCUCAGUAUUACCCAGAUUAUUUAUUUGUUCUCACUCUCU